AUGCUUCAAGACACAGCCACAACAAUCAAUGCUGUCUCACGCCAGCCCACAAAAGAAUUUUUCAUCCCUAUUGGCCACAUUUCACUGGAUUCCAAGAACCCCGAUGCAGAGCACAUUGAGCUUGACCUGCCAGUCAAGAAAAUAUUCUGGAUCAAGACAUUCUACGUCAGGCAGUCCAUCCAGGGCCAGGGAAUCGGACGAGCUGCAAUGGAUGAGGUCGAGGCCAUGGCAGUCCGAGAGCCACUACUAGCCAAGAUAUUGAUGCUAGAUACAGUUCAGAAAGAUGAUCAGAAGAGAGAAGAAUUUGCAAAUGCAACAUACGGUGGUGUGCCAAAAGUAAGUCUGAUUAUACAAUUUGAUGUCCUUGGUCAAACACCUUAUCGUCUGCAGACUACGAACGAGGAAUGGUAUGCUCGUAGAGGCUACCGAUUGAUCAAGACUGUACAGAACUAUUAUCAGGUCUUGGAUAAGAAUGGGAAGAUUUGGGAUACAAAGACAGUUUUUAUGAGAAAGGAUAUUGCGCGCGCCAGCGACGCACACAGGUAG